CUGGGCAUUAGGAUUUUUGACCGCUGUUUCUCUCCCUCUCUCUCUCUUAUCCUUGUCUGGGACGUGAAGAAGCUUCUCUCUCUCCGCCAUGGAGAACAAACCCCAAUCAUCAGGUAAUAGCCCUCCACCAAAACCAUGGGAACGAGUUGGUUCCUCUUCUGGGCCUGGACCUUUUAAACCCCCCUCUGCUGGCAGCACUAGUGAUGUAGUUGAGGCUUCUGGAACAGCAAAACCUGGUGAAAUUGUUGCUACUGCUGAGAGGAACACAAUUGCAAAUAACAACGCACUUGGGAGACCUGUACCUACUAGGCCCUGGGAGCAACAGACAUACAACAACACUUAUGGAGGUUCUGGAUCUAGCUUGAAUUAUAAUUCUGGUUAUGGAUCGGGGAUGUAUGGUUCCUAUGGUGGAGUCGGAGGGUCUUAUGGUGGGAGUUUGUAUGGAAAUAACAUGUAUAGAGGAGGUUAUGGUGGGCUUUACGGAGGUGGAGGUGGCAUGUAUGGUGGGGGAAUGUAUAAUGGUGGUUUUGGAGGCCAAAUGGGUAGUUAUGGCAUGGGCAUGGGGGGACCAUAUGGCGAUCAGGAUCCAAAUAAUCCAUUUGGUGGUCCGCCAUCUCCACCAGGCUUUUGGAUCUCCUUUUUGCGGGUGAUGCAAGGUGUGGUGAAUUUCUUCGGCAGGAUAGCAAUUUUGAUAGAUCAGAAUACCCAGGCAUUCCACAUGUUCAUAAGUGCCCUUCUUCAGCUGUGUGAUCGCUCGGGGUUAUUGUAUGGAGAGCUGGCUAGAUUUGUAUUGAGAUUGCUGGGGAUUAGAACAAAGCCCAAGAAGGUUCAGCCUCCUGGAUCUGGUGGACUUCCAGGUCCUCAUAAUCCCCACGGAAAUCAAAACUAUAUCGAGGGACCCAAGGCUGCUCCGAGUGGUGCGUGGGACAACGUAUGGGGAGAUAAUGGAAGCAAUUGAUCUGACCCUCUUGCUUUUCAUCCUGCCAUAGUGAGAAAUGGCGGCCGUCUGUAUGGUGAGAAGAUUACAGGUGAAAGUGAUGCUGCUAUUGAUUGACUGUAUAGAAUGGAUUUUUCGAAGUAGUAUUGCUAUAUGCAUGAAAUAAUGGAAGUCUCUCUCUUGGAAAAAAGACACGUAUUUUAUUGUGCUGCAUUCCUUCAAGUGGUGAUCUUGGAUUGAACACCUCCCAAUGUAAGGAAGGGGAGGUGAAAAACAAUAAUGUGGUACUAAUUAUAUAAUUUGACUUUGAGAGUGUUAUUAUCUUUCAACAACCUCAAUAUAAUGGUGAAUGCUUUGCUUGUGCCAGGACAAGUAUAAAUGUGGUUCCGAU